AUGGUAUUUCCUGAACUGGUUUACACAAUUCCCACAUUUACCAGAAAAGUGCAGCAUUCAGAUGAAAAAUAUAUGGUCAUCAAGACAAGUUCUCCCAUUGAAGAACAGGAAACUAAACCUGUGACGACUGUGAAUGAACUCUCUGAGAACCAAAUGAAACUCACAGAAAUAGAAACCAGAUUGUUUAAGGGAAUUCGUUGUUCAGAUGGAGACGGCAAAAGACAAAAGGUAAAAUAUGAUCAUUUGAAAGGCAAAAUAGCGAUGCCACGCACGCAGUUCGGCUCGGUGGAGGAGCUCGGCCGCAGGCUCAAAAGAGCUGUGUCUGAACAUCAGCUCCUCCAUGACAAGGGAAAGUCCAUCCAAGACUUACGGCGACGAUUCUUCCUUCACCACCUGAUCGCAGAAAUCCACACAGCUGAAAUCAGAACUACCUCGGAGGUUUCCCCCAACUCCAAGCCUGCUCCCAACACAAAGAACCACCCCGUGCGAUUUGGGUCUGACGAUGAGGGCAGAUGCCUAACUCAGGAAACCAACAAGGUGGAGACAUACAAAGAGCAGCCACUGAAGACACCCGGCAAGAAAAAGAAAGGCAAGCCUGGAAAACGUAAGGAGCAGGAAAAGAAGAAACGGCGGACUCGAUCAGCCUGGCUAAACUCUGGUGUGGCUGGGAGUGGGCUAGAAGGGGACCAUCUGUCUGACAUCUCCGCAACAUCGCUGGAGCUCAAUUUCCGGAAGCAUUGAAAUUUUUGCAAAGAACUUCAGAGGACAUAUUGCAGGAUUCUGUAAUAGUGAACAUAUGGGAAGUAUUAGAAAUAUUUAUUAUCUGUAAAUACUGUAAAUGCAUUGGAAUAAAACUGUCUCCCCCAUUGCUCUAUGAAACUGCACAUUGGUCAUUGUGAAUAUUUUUCCAAGGCUAAUCCAAUUAUUAUUAUCACAUUUACCAUAAUUUAUUUUGUCAACUGAUGUAUUUAUUUUGUAAAUGUAUCUUGGUGCUGCUGAAUUUCUAUAUUUUUUGUAACAUAAUGCACUUUAGAUAUACAUAUCAAGUAUGUUGAUAAAUGACACAAUAAAGUGUCUUUAUUUUGUGGUUGAUCUUAAUGAAUGCCUAAAUAUAAUUAUCCAAACUGAUUUUCCUCUGUGCAUGUAAAAGAGCAGUAUUUUAAAUUUGUAAAGAACGUCUAAUAAAAUAUAAUCUAAAUUA